GGGGCGGUGAUGGGGAACAACGUGUGCUCUGUGUGUACAAGCAGCGGCGGUAAGACAACAAGAAGUCAGUAACAAGAUUGGUGGCUCAGAGGACGACCUGUUGAGAACUUCACAGCAAAACCGUUUCUGACAUGCACUUUGAUAAAUCGCCAAAGGAGAAGCCGUGUUGCACUCUGCCCACAGUGAAGAAACUCUUGGAGGAGAAGAGAAGGCGUGAGACGUCCUCUGUGCCACCUUCCUGCACUACGGCAAGCACCAGCCCUGUCCCUACAAAUACUGUUACAGUGUCCGCACCAGAGCUAUUUACCUGUACAGGUGCAUCAAGCAGCUACUCAGACAUGGCAGUGAGCUAUGAGCAGUGGCCCCCGGCACCAGACCCAACACUCAGUUACUACCCCAGCCACCCAGGACCCAGCUAUGCCUACAGCCACCCAAUGACAUCUGAAUAUGGCACACAGCAGCAAGUCCAAGGCUUUGGAGAUACAAUGUCUCAGACAUACGAGUGCCAGAUGACAGUUGCAAACCCCAAUAUAGUUUCAUCCUGGUCAAUUCUGGGUCCUGAUCAGACCCCACAGCUGAGUUUUGGCUCAUCAAUGGAUGCCAGCAAACUGGAAGAGGCCAGGAUGCUGCUCAGAGGGAUGGAUUACAGCAGAGCCACCGGGCAGGAUGAAGACGGAGACACCAUCCUGCACAUCUACACUGCCAAGGGACUGAGGGAGUGUGCCUUCGCUGCUGCGGAGAGGCUGAGGGAUGUGGGGAGACUUGAUGCCAAAGAGCACAAGGGAAAGACUGCUUUACUGGUGGCAGUGACGGCAAACCAGGCGGAGAUUGUGCAAGACCUUCUAUCGUUAGGGACGGACAUCAAUGCUUGUGAUGUUAAAGGACAAACUGCCCUUCAUCUGGCUGCCCACUAUGGCUUCCCUGGGGUUCUGCAGGCAAUUCUGUCUAGCAGGCCUGCUGUCAACCUGGAGGCCCGCAAUUUUGAAGGUAUGACACCCCUGCACUGUGCAGCCAUUUCUCACAGUGUUACCAUGAAGGCUUUUUCUGCCAGUGGGCUGGCAGAUGUUAGCCUUCAAACCAAGGUGGGGGAGAAGCUCUCCUGUGUGCAGUUGCUGCUCAAUGCAGGGGCAUCCCUGCGCAGCCAGGAAAUCAAAAGUAACAAGACCGUGUUGCACUUGGCUGUGAAGGAGGGGAACAUUGAUCUGGUGCGAUAUCUGCUGAGGAUUCCCCUGCCGAACAUGAAAGACUUUGUCAACAUGAAAGCUCACGGUCACACAGCUUUACACAUGGCAGCUGGUCUCCAUGGUAACCCCCACCAGGAGGAGAUCCUGCGGCUGCUGCUGAGCGCAGGAGCUGAUCCCAGUAUCCGCAACCUGGAGAACGACCAACCAGCUCACCUGCUGCAGAGCGGCCUCCAGGGAGAGCAGCUCAAACUGAUGCUGAAAAAACGAAGUGCUUCCUCACGUCGACGUAACAUGUCCUUGCAGGACCAGGAAUGAUUUAAAUCACUUGUAAUCCCCAUUUGGAGGGAAUGAGUCUUUAUGAUGUUUCCUCUGUUGACAAGGGGAUAUACAGUUUACUGUUAUGAGGUUCUGGGAGUCUGUGACCUAUAUAUUGUUCACAAUCUAGUUUGGCAAAUUAAUCUAGAUAUAAUUCACAUUGGAUUAGACAAAAACGACUGCUUUAAUGCAUAAAGCUUAAAAUAUCUCUGAUCUAGUGUCUGUAAAAUGUAGUGCUUUAUUUAUUUAUCUACGCACGGGCUCAAAUAUCAACGUGUAGGUGAAGUAUUUAAUUCCAAAAUAUGAUAUAGACUCCAUCGAGCCUUUUGACUCGAAAAUGCUCCUGCUGUUGCUGACAAAUUGUUUUAAAAUUUCUGGCUAAUAGACAUUUUGUAUCAAUGUAUUUAUUCUUGUCGAAAACUGAUAUUGAUCAUUUAGAAAUGAAAACCUUCAAAGGAACUGAAAUGAAGAGCAUUAGUUAUCUUUAAAAAAACAGAAGGUACAAAGGCUGCUGCAGAAGGUGGAGUGACAUUCAUUUUCUGAUCAGGCCACACUCCCAGUUUUAUGUUGAUUUCUAUGAAAUCGUUAGUAUGAACCCUGGGACAAUGUCCCUGAAACCCCUCUGACUCUCUUGUCAAAAGCCCCCAUCAUGAUAAGUUAUCAUAUUGAUACACUGAGUGAUGGUUUUGACUUCAGUCAGCAUGUGUGCUUAUGUUAAGAAUGUGUAAGUUUAAAAAAAAGAAUCAGUCCUAUAAUUUAACUCUGUCUGUAUGCAUCAUACUUACAUGUGUAAGCUCUGGUAAUGUUUUCUUUAUGGAAAAAAAGAACUUUACUGUGUAAAACCUUUAUGUAUUUGAAACUGAACAAAGAAUGUUCCUUAUCACAAAGACAUUACAUAAGUAAGUGUGGUGACAAAUUGUCUGACUAACUGUACAUUUUAGUCAUGAGUCAUGAAUAAAAGUACAACAACACUGCA